AUUGCAGCGCUGGCCGAGAUCCUGAGCGUGAAGGACAUCAGCGGGAGGAAACUGUUCUACGUGCACUACAUCGACUUCAACAAGCGCCUGGACGAGUGGGUGACCCACGACCGGCUGGACCUGAAGCGGGUGCAGGUGCCGCGCAAGGAGGCCAAAACGCCCACCAAGAACGGCCUGCCCGGGUCACGGCCCGGGUCACCCGACAGGGACACGAGGAAGAGCCUGGAGCUGGCGCUGCCGGUGGCCAGCGGGAAGAGUUUGCCAGGGCCACCACCGGGGCCACCACCGGGGCCACCACCGGGGCCACCACCGGGGCCACCAGGGCCACCGGCAGGGCCACCAGCGGGGCCACCAGCGGGGCCACCAGCAGGGCCACCACCCAUCACGCUCCGCCUGCACCUGCCCAAGGAGAGCGAGGCCGAGCCCCCCCUGCGCCCCACGAAGCGCAAGGUCGAGGUGGUCCCGGCCACGCCCGUCCCCGCCCCCACCGAGACCUCGCAGGCGUCCGUGUUCCCCCAGAACGGCUCCGCUCGCCGGGCGGUGGCGGCUCAGCCCGGCCGGAAGAGGAAAUCGGCGUGUCUGGGGACAGACGAGGACUCCCAGGACUCCUCGGACGGGGCCCCCUCGGCCCCGAGGAUGACGGGCAGCCUGGUGUCCGACCGCAGCCACGACGACAUCGUCACCAGGAUGAAGAACAUCGAGUGCAUCGAGCUGGGCCGGCACCGCCUCAAGCCCUGGUACUUCUCCCCGUACCCGCAGGAGCUGACGGGGCUGCCGGUGCUGUACCUGUGCGAGUUCUGCCUCAAGUACGGCCACAGCCUGCGCUGCCUCCAGAGGCACCUGACCAAGUGCGACCUGCGGCACCCCCCUGGCAACGAGAUUUACCGCAAGGGCACCAUCUCCUUCUUCGAGAUCGACGGCCGCAAGAACAAGAGCUACUCCCAGAACCUCUGCCUGCUGGCCAAGUGUUUCCUGGACCACAAGACCCUUUACUACGACACCGACCCCUUCCUGUUCUACGUCAUGACCGAGUACGACUGCAAGGGGUUCCACAUCGUCGGCUACUUCUCCAAGGAGAAGGAGUCGACCGAGGAUUACAACGUGGCGUGCAUCCUGACCCUGCCCCCGUACCAGCGCCGCGGCUACGGCAAGCUGCUCAUCGAGUUCAGUUACGAGCUGUCCAAGGUGGGCAAGACGGGCACGCCUGAGAAGCCGCUCUCGGACCUGGGGCUGCUCUCGUACCGCAGUUAUUGGUCCCAGACCAUCCUCGAGAUCCUCAUGGGGCUCAAGGCCGAGGCGGGCGAGCGGCCCCAGAUCACCAUCAAUGAGAUCAGCGAGAUCACGAGCAUCAAGAAGGAGGACGUGAUCUCCACGCUGCAGUACCUGAACCUCAUCAACUACUACAAGGGUCAGUACAUCCUGACGCUGUCCGAGGACAUCGUCGAGGGCCACGAGCGCGCCAUGCUCAAGCGUUUGCUGCGCAUCGACGCCAAGUGCCUGCACUUCACCCCCAAGGACUGGAGCAAGCGCGGCAAGUGGUGAGGCCAC